UCCAGUAUGGAGCCACUUGUUGGACUCCACGAUCCUUAUGGAUCCCUCAGAUACUUGCAAUAUUCUGUGGUUCUUUGAACUCCAUUUUCAUUCUAAGGGAAGAAUUCUGAAGCUCACGUAUUGUGUAGAUGAGGUGCUAUAUCAUGGCACUUCCCCAUUGCAUUCUCAGGGUUGCUUAGCCACCCAAGUUCUCCCAAGCCACUCAAGUCUCUCUCAAGUUAACAAUUCACUGAAACCCGAAGGCCACUAAAACCCUGAGACUGACGGCUUUUAUUGGAUGAUAUCCUUCAGCUCUCCAAUAUACAUCUCCAACGAUAACCUGUGCAGCGAAAAACUUCAUUCAGCCACAAGAGUGUGCAUGUGAGAGGACUGCAAAUCUGCUCCGCCAAACCAGAAUUAGCCGGUAUCGCAGGAAUGAAAGAGCGUGGAGAUUUGAAAUUGCAGGGAAUGGAAGCGAGACAGCGCACGAGCCGAGCCGCCCGGGGAGCGAAGGGCCCGGCACCGGCCGCGCAUCGCUGCGGACAAUAAACCCCAGGCCGGAGAGAGGGGAGAGCAGGAACGGAGCGGGCGCAGCUUUGUGAACUUGAACACGAAGCUACAUAAUCUUACUGGGACAGCAGAAGGAAUACAAAGAGAGCCCGAUCUUUUACUCUGACCAGAGCCAGCCCAUGAAGAGUGAGUGCUCUCAGCCACAUACAAAAUACUGUGGAAAAAAUGUACGCCAGUCGAGAGGACAUUGGAUAUGAUUUUGGAGAUGACUCAAAAGUUGGAAGUAAGCCAAUUAAGCCUAAUCCAAACAUCGAUGGAGGAUGGGCUUGGAUGAUUGUAUUUUCCUCUUUCCUUGUGCACAUACUUAUCAUGGGGUCCCAAAUGGCCCUUGGAAUACUCAACAUGGAAUGGCUUGAAGAGUUUAAUCAAAGUCGUGGCUUAACAGCAUGGGUUAGCUCUCUUAGCAUGGGCAUUACACUUAUUGUAGGUCCUUUCAUUGGUUUAUUCAUUACCAUGUGUGGGUGCCGCAAAACAGCAAUAAUUGGAGGGAUAUUGAAUGCCCUGGGCUGGAUAUUGAGUGCCUAUGCCUCAGAUGUGCACUACCUCUUCCUUACGUUUGGAGUGACAGCCGGCAUUGGGAGCGGCAUGGUUUACCUGCCAGCAGUGGUCAUGGUAGGACAGUAUUUUCAGAAGAGAAGAGCACUUGCACAAGGACUCAGUACCACAGGAACAGGGUUUGGAGCUUUCUUAAUGACAGCCUUACUGAAGUACCUCUGCAAGGAAUUUGGAUGGAGAAAUGCCAUGUUCAUCCAGGGUGCAAUCUGCCUGAACCUUUGUGUCUGCGGGGCACUUAUGAGACCACUUUCUCCCAGCUACAUUAAUGCAAAGUAUGUUGUAAGAAGCAAUAGUGAAGGUAAUCAGGCAAAAGCUCUGUCUUGUUCUGCAGAGACUAUAAAGUCCAAUGGUGUCCUCAGUGAAGAACCAGAAAAAAAAGAAGUGACAAAAAAUGAAGACGUGCUUGAUGACAUAAAGCACAUAGAAAUUGGAGGUAGAUCUCGGAUUGGAAAGAGCAUGUAUGGACUGCGCAUUCUUAAGACGGUGAGCCAGCUGACGGUUACAGUCAGGAAGGGCUUUGGAAUCUGGUACUCCAGUUACUUCGGAGCUGCAUCACUCUUCACCAACAGAGUAUUUGUGGCCUUUAUAAUCUGGGCUUUGUUUGCCUAUAGCAGCUUUGUCAUACCCUUUAUUCAUCUUCCAGAGAUAGUCAAGCAGUACAGUUUAUCUAAUCAGAACAACAUAUUUCCUUUGACGUCCAUUAUAGCAAUUGUUCAUAUUUUUGGUAAAGUGAUCCUUGGAAUCAUCUCUGAUCUCCCCUGCAUCAGCACUUGGAAUGUCUUCCUCAUGGCUAACUUCACUCUGGUCACCUGCAUUCUUACUUUGCCACUAAUGCAAACAUACAUUAGUCUGGCUGUGGUUUGUGCUCUAAUAGGAUUUUCUAGUGGCUAUUUUUCUCUAAUGCCUGUUGUGACUGAAGAUUUGGUUGGAACUAAACACCUUGCAAAUGCCUAUGGCAUCAUCAUUUGUGCCAAUGGAAUAUCUGCAUUGCUUGGACCACCCUUUGCAGGUUGGAUCUAUGACAUCACACAUAAAUAUGAUUUUUCUUUUUAUAUAUGUGGCUCGCUAUACAUGGUGGGAAUAUUAUUUUUAUUUAUGCAACCUUAUAUUGGAAAAAAACAAUCACAAGAAAAAUCUACCGAAGACGCACAAGUAUAGAAGAAAUUCCAGAAAUGAUAAGCAGCAAAAACUGAUGAUCUGUUACACCAGUUCCACAUGCAUGAGUUACCGCACUCAGACAGACUGAAAUCUGAUUUCAGAUUCAACUUCUCCAGCAGCUACUCACAAUUUAUGUUGAUGGAAUUGAGAACAGAAUAUGGAACUGUGUAUAUAGUCUUCUAGUUCUACUCACUGUAAUUCAGCUCUGUUGUUGUGGACGACAUCCAACGUAAAUGGCUGUAGCAGUGUUAGCUGUCCUAGAGCUGCUGAUCAUACCUGUAUCAGGUAAAGAGACCCGACAUGAGAACAAAUGUUUUCUGAAUUGUUAGUUAUGCUUUGAAAAGUUAAAAUUGGUCUGACUCUUGUCUGUGGUCUUUUAUGAUAGAGAAAUAAUUUAUUUAAGUGGACAAUAAACACUUAUUGUAAAAAAAACAACAACAACAAAACAAACCAGUAUAUUUAAGGAAGCAAAUGCUGUUGUUAUGGCACAUCCGGGUUCUUAUAGGUUCUUAAGCCUGCGUUAUAGUUUGAAACGUUACAGUGAAAGCAUUGCACCAUAGACUGGAAAAUAUUUCCAGAAACAGUUUGGCCUUUGUGUCCACUGUCUGGCUGGGACAAGUCAGCCAUCCUAAAGAAACAGAGCUGGGCAGAACUGGCCAAAUACAGCGUAAGAAAGAACUGAACUACAGCAUGCUGAGUUUUGUUACAAUUAACUUCAGGAUAAAAACUGUUGAGAUAUGAACUGUUGUGUUGCUGUAUACAAGUACACCAUGAACUGCCUAAGACUGUCAUGUUUUAGAUGUUUACUCACUGGCAAAUUAGAUAACACAAAGCAUGGAAGAACUCCAGUCAAUUUAAAAUAUUUACAUAAUUUUUCUUAAACAACGUUAACACAGAAUGUUUUGAAUAAUGCUACAAAGCAUAUACAUCUCAGCUUUGACAGAUGAGCCUGAUGUUAGUUUUCCUAUAUGAAAUAAAUGCCCCUGUUCCUU